GUUGCUGGCAACGGCCUGGCUGCGGCCAGGGCCGAGCCCGACGCGGCGCAGAGUGAGUUAUGCACGGUGCGGAAGUGCUUCGAGGCCGUCGUUGGCGACUCGGAGCUUGCCGACCGCAUCGCCGCCCUCGCGCCAGCCCUGAGCGCUUUGCUGCGGGGGGGGGCGCCUUCGGCCGAGGAGGUACUACGGCGCAACGUGGCGCUGCAUGCGGAUGCCCCUGAGGGAGUGUCCACCGCUACGGCGUCAUGCGAGGACUUGCGCCGCCUGCAGAAGAGCGACCGCCUGGAAGGCCGCCAGUUCACGGAACGGGGCUUCGAGACGCGACGGACUUGGACAUUUCCGUGGAGAUUUGCGUCGCGGAACCUGCCACGUUCGGAGCUGGAGACGCUGUCCUCGGAUGGUGGCGAUGAGGUGGCUGCGGCCAUCGACGCUUGGGAUCCAGAUGCCGCUCCGCCCGAGACAGUGUCCUCGGAUGGGAGCGAUGUGGGGGCCAUCGCCGAGGCCCUCGACGAGUUGUCCUGGAGCGCCAUGGUUGAG